AUGCCGGACCCGGGCACUAUCUGUGUGGUGGCGAGCUUCGCGCUCUUCGAGAUGGCGGUUGGGGUGAUAAUCUCGUUCCUCGUGCGGCAAUCAGACGAGCAGCGGUUGGGGCAGGAGAGGGAGGACGAGGCAAAACUGAGCGACGCGAUCAAGCAGCUCGAUGAGCGCUGCUAUGGCGACGAGCGCUGUUCCGCCGCUGACGAGUGCAGCAUCUGUCUGGGCCGCUACGAGGCGGACGAUAAGGUUCGUAGACUGAAGUGCGGCCACGAGUACCACUCGGAGUGCAUUGAGCAGUGGGCGCGCGCUGAGCUGCGUCGGUUGCGCGCGUGA